UGUUUUCUUUCCAUCCCCUCACUCUCCUCCUACCAAAAUAGAGUACCUCAAUUUAGCCCAUCUCUGCUAUCUACUCAGUGCUGACGGGAAUUGUAGGCUGAGGGCAGGCUAUGCAUGCUUCCUUUUGAAUUUUGAUCGGCUCUAAUGGGAUUUUUAGCCCCCCUCACAUGUCCGUCAGGAUGCAGCCUCCUUCCUUCAGACUGCCAAGAGUUCUAUUACGUGGCUCCCUUUCUGUCUGCAUUCGUCCCCGUGUCUGUCUGGAGCAUCUCACGGGAGCAUCACUUUCUCUCUCAGCCACGCUAUAAAGAAGCAAACCUCAUGUCUUUUUUUGGGUUCCUCCAUUUCAGUGUGGGUCCGUCGAGCCCGUCUCUGUUCUUUGAGAGCACGCUGAACUGCUGUGACUCAGGCAGGAGAAGAUGUUUGGUGUUAAGAGGGAUGUGGUGGGAAGACGCUACGCUUUCCACUUUACUGUGGACAAAAAAACAAAACUCUUUUAGAUUUUGACAAGCAAUGAAACAAUGGUAAAUAAGGAAAUAUUGGCAUACAAAUAUUUUUGUAUUCAUUUUAUAUUGCAGCAAUAGAUCUGCAAGUACACACCAACACAAAACCUUACGUCUCACAUGUAUAUACUGUUUCUUACUCUGGUCAGAUUUUGGCAGCUUGCCAUAACAAAUGAGCAACGUCAGACCUAAAAACAGAUGAUCAAACUACAUUAGGAAAACUGCACAGGAGUCAGGACCUAAGAUAAACGGAUCUUAAAUAUCAGUGAAUCACAUUUUUGCAUAACAGUUCCUCACCCUGCAUGUCCCAGAAAACCAGGGGAGGAAUGAGAGCACAGAUUAACUCCGGGGGGUUACAGAUCUAUAGCAAAGUGGGGGCGGUUGGACGGGUGUUGUUCUGUGUGUGAAUGUGGGAAAUGCUCUAUUUAGGGAGGCAUGAUGACACAUAUUGGGGGGGGCAUUGUUUUCACUUUGUAUUCAUGCUAGCUUAAUGGCAGAUGUACAAGAGCAUUGUGGGUGACCUAUAUGUGUACUGGAUUAGACGUGAUGUCAGCUUUGAAAGGGUGCAGCUACUCUUUGUUUAAUCAACCCCCCCCCCAGAGAAAGGGGGUCCCAUUCUUCUUGAUUAACAGUCAUUUGAAAAGUGAGUCACGAUCCGUGAUCAGUGUUUUAAAGUAUCCUUCUGCAUGAUCGGCUUUCUUAAGACCCGCUCGCACCAGAAAGUGUCACAGUGAGAUUCAUCCAAGCGUGGCUCAAGAUGCUCGGUGACACAGUGACUACUCGCAGGGCUAGUUGGCGAACUAAGCUAACUGAGCUAGCUGCUAACAGGCUAGCCAGCUGGGAACAUCCUCUCAUUUAAGACGGGUUUCAUUGAAGCAAAUCCAGAUUUAUUUUGACCUUUAAGUCACUAAAAAAUCACAGCAGUGAAAUAAUUUUCUCUUCAUGCUGAGGUGGACAUUUGAAGUGCUUGUGGUCAUUUUCAUGAGUGCACACAUUUUUUAUUGUGUAUUUAUUUUCCUUUUUUUUUGUUGUAUUUUAUACUUUUGCUACUGCUUUUUCCUGACACUGGUGUGUGCGGAGGUUAAAUGUACCAAAGGGACAGCAAGUCUUUGCUCACAUGGAUGGACACACAGGUGGUGAGUGGUCCCUGCCUCCACAACCAGCAUCAUGUUGCACGCAUGCACACAGGCUUCUGCUUUCAUCAUCUGCCCUGAGGCGAUGCUGUGUCUUUCAGUGCCACAAUUAGUCAGGUCUUGUUCACUCUGAUCUCCCCACGCUCACCCAAAAACAAGCCCCAUGCUGAGGAAAAGACAUGUCUAAAGCCAUGAAGUCAAUCCUGCUGCACAGCCGGAAGGCACAUUUUCUUCAUAGACAAUUUCCGAACAUUGCUCUCUGCAGCCUGAACACGCACAGUUGGGCCAGUUGUGGUUUUUCGGUACCCUGUGUAUAUGUUGAAUACAUAAAUAUAGAGUGUGUUGUUUGUAGUAUUUACAGACUUGAAAAUCAUAUUAUCUAAAAAUAACACAAAUCAGAAGUAAGCCGACUCAAAUGUCAUUCUCAACCAGGUCCACUGUACAGAGGAAGUCUUAUUUCUACUCUAUUAGAGAGCAUUGCAAUAUGUCAGCAAGUCCAAGCUUAUAGUUGUGUACAAUGUCAACAUUCCAGAGGAGCUCAUGGCGGAAACUCAUAAACAGUCGUGUGUGUGUGUGUGUGUGUGUGUGUGUAUAUAUAUACUUGCACCUGUAUAUCUGCAGUUGAGUUGAAUUGUGAGCACGAUUGCAUUCAACACAAUACACCUUCAUACUAAUUGACUUCAGCUGAUUUGGUUACUUUAGAUUCGGUCUGCAGUUUAUUUGUACUGUACACACUAGCUGUAGGGAUGGCUCUGUUGGUCGGUUGGUCGGUCCACCACUUUUCCUGAGUACAGCCUGAGCCUCACAGUUCUGCAGUGACUGUAGACUCUUCUGUCUUUUUUUAGUAAAAGUGUAUUUGGAACUCUUUAUCAUCAUCUGCAUCUGUUCCUCAUUGCAAGAAGUCAGUGAUUCACAUGCAUCAAAUGUAACUGUUUGUGUCUGUGUCUGUAUUCGGUCAAAGUAAUUCUUUGUUACUUUGUUUGUAAAUUUAUAAAUUUGGUUCCGUCAUCACGAUUGCCCCAACAGAACGAUAAGAGACGAGUUAGAUUAGAAUUUCAUUUGCAUGGUUUGCGACCGUUGGUCCUUUGAUGAAUGGUGCCGUUAAGCUCUCACUCACUCUCGCUAUUAUUCUGCAGAUCUGAAUCCACCACAUAUGUCCGGCCACUCCUCAGGUCUCCCCGGCAACCAGCUCUGCCGCCAAAACAUGUCUUUCUGAACUCCUCUCCAGGUUUGGGAUGGGCUCAAAGUUUGGUGCAGAAAGAGAAACUAACCCCCUUCCAUUAGCAUAUAGAACUAUUUUGCAGGUAUCCAGUUUUGAAAAAAACACAAGAUUGAAUUGAAUACAUUUUCACUAAUUAAAAUCUACGUCUUACCGGAAACCCUUUUAUCCAUUUUACUUAAAAUAAACAUGUCAGGUUUGCAGGUUGUUCUUGUCUGCCUGGAAGCAUUCUUUCCUAGCAUGAGUAGGCAGAUAAACGUGGCCUAUUGCAUUAUGGUUAUCGUUUGUUGGGUAAUGAUUGAGAAAAGUGCUGCAGGCUUUUGAGCUGGCAGAUAGGCUGCCCUACUUCUAAAUGUUAUUUGUCGUGUGUGUGUGUGUGUAUAUAUAGAUACAUAUGCGUGUGCGUGCCCGUUCAUCUCACUUCUCUCAUCUUGUUCCAGUGUGCUACAUAGAAAAGCCUCAAGGUCUCAUUCUCCCGCUCCGGUAUGGUUCAAACCUCCUCGUUCUCUUUUUGUUUCGCUACCUUUGUCUCUCUUUCAUCGUAGCUGCGUUUGCUCUGCAUUCUCCCGCUCUUGUCUCAGGUCUGUGUUGGUUUAAACGAGCAGGAAGCAGUCCGGGUUUAAAAGCUCUCGGCUGAAGUUGACGUUAAGCCGCUACUGACUCCAUUAAGCAGUCACGGGAACCGACUCCAUACUUGCCAUCCAGCAUCUUUGGUUGUAAUGUGAGGUGCACAGGUCUCACCUCUGGUUUAGUGAAAUGUGCUACACUGCGCUACAAACUGGGAGACUUUGCUAACAGAUGUGAACUUUCUCAUAUCAAUGAAUUAAAUGUGGGUUUGAUAUGCAGUCAGUUGACCUUUUUGCGUGUGUUCCCUGAAUGAAAGGUGUAGAAGUGGCUGCUUAAACAAGCAAAUUACAUAUGUGAAGGUUUCUGAGCAUUUGUUUUGUCACAACUUAAUGAAUAGUCUGACAUAUUGCAACGCUUAUUUGCUCUCUUGCCGAGAGGUAGAUGAAAACAAUGACAGCACACUCGUGUAUGUGUGCUAAAUUGAAAAAGCUACUGCCAGCAGCCAAUUAGCUUAGAUCAGCACAAAGACUGGAAACAGUUAGUCUGGCUCUGUCCAAACUAAAGGUCACAAAAUCCUCCUACCGGCACCUCUAAAGCUCACUGAUUAACACUUUAUAUCUUCUUCUUUUAAUCCAUACAAGACCAGAAUAAAAGAGGCUAUCAUAUGUAUUUACAGGCUUUUUAAGUCCCGAUACCAAAGACCGAUCAGAUACCAGUGUUUAGUUAAUAAGCUGUGUGCCUCUCUGUGUGGAGAUGAAAUGAUCAGUCUAUCAGGCUUGACUUCAAACAUUGCUUUCCUGAUGAAAUGUUACAAAUAAAUACAUAGAUUUACUUAACUGUUCUUUUUUUAUUUAGAAAAUAAAUGAUACACCAGCAACUUGGUAAAAAAAUCUUUGAAAUAAACAGGAAUUACAGUUAAAGUAUAAAACAUUUUAAUGCAACAUCCAACUGGUCAAAACAGGAAUUAAAAGUUCAGUAGAUAAUGUAUAUAGUAUAUAACGAGCACGCACUUUCAAAAACGACUUGGCAGGUGAUUGGAUGAACCAGCUGUCAAUCACAUUGUUGCCGAAGCGAUUUGGGAGAAGGGCAAAAAAACAUGCUUCUGUGUCAUCUUUUCACAUUGCAAGAAUCCAGCCACAGUGCAAGUUAGUACAUUGGGUUCACUCCUUAUCUACGAUUUGCCAUUUUGUUUUCAUGUUGUUACAAAAACCCAAAUUGUAUCUGUUGCGUUCGACUAAUACGUGGUUCAUGGACGCUUUCAGGAAUCCAAGACUUGUCAAUGGGAUUGUGUUUUUGGCUUCGGUCUAUUCGGGACACAAUGGUUGCAACUUGUUAUCCUCUAAUUGGAUAAAUGAUGUGUGCAAACCGCUGCUGCUCACCCGACGGACUCUAAACUGUCUUCAGCACUGCCAUCCGCCCAGCCACUAACAGGAUAACGUAUUCUCUGCAGUCCAAAUGACGGGGCUAAUGUGACUGUCACUCAGAUUAACAACAUCUCGCUCUCGCAUAGGACCACGUCCCUGCCUGUGAAACUCUGUCCGUUCAUUAACGUCUGUCACUGAGGCAGCUUAGGUUUUUCAAUCAAAGCUGUAUUUUCUGCUGUGCGACUUACUUUAGUAUUGUUUAUAUAACACGCUGCUCUGCUGCAUUCAUCGUUAUCUCCACAUGCAUCAAACCUUUCAGGGCAGGAAAACUGAAUGGAUAAUGAGGGAGGAGACACCCCAUGAGCCGCAUAAUCAAAUGCACUGGAGGCAUUAGCAUAUUUUUGGAGCAGAACUUCCCAAACUCUGUACUUUUUUUUCAUGUUUUGUUGCGCUUGCUUUUGAAUAUUUUGAUCCCAAUUGGAUUUCAUUAUAAUCUUUGACUGGUCUGGUUUCUCACUUUCUGUGUGUGUGUGUGUUUGCAUGUUAUGAUAAAAACCUGCGCUCCUCAGAUGUCUCUCUUAUCUUUCUGCCUGGUUGUCUCUGUCUCCCCGGGCUAUCGCCUACAUCUGGUGCAUCAAACAAGUAGAGGAGUGUUUUCGGGACCUCCCAACAUUAUCCGGGCUCCAUUAUACAGCUGAAAGCAUGACUGAACUGACCUUCUCUGACAACCUUUGGUCAGUAACAGUGGAUAUGAGAUCUCUGUCAGUUUGGGACGGUAUUAAACCUGCCAGACAUCCCUUUGUCUUUUUUGGGGGGGUAAUAUCACAUAGAUGGCACAGUGAUCCUCUUGGUUAUAACACUUAAUUCUGAACAUUGCUCAUCUCCUAGUCCUUUGAUUCUGCACAAAAGGCAUUCAGUGCUUUUGAUCCAUUUGAUUGCCUCUUAUCUGCUGCAUUGCAUUACUGAUGGUGAUUCCCAGAGCCUCAGCGAUAGAGAGCCACCAAAUCAAAACACUAACUUUGCUGUUUUAGAAAAAAACGAUGAUACCAUGAUCUCAUCCCCAAAACGUGCAGACAUCAUUAAGUAGAGUGGAUCUGACUGUCGUCAAUCAGUAGCGCAAUUUGCCCAACCUUCUGUUGUCAGAGAAGUUGCUGCCGGUGUAGUGGGCUACAUGAGAAGCUGUCUCUGUCCUCUCAGACACGGAUUAAAGCUACUCAUGACUGAGCUUUAUGAAAGCUCUCGCACGCUAUUAAAGCCUCUUCCAAAGGGCUUUUUUGGGGACAUGUCUGCAUGUAAGGCACAGAUGGCGCUCCCCUGAUUCACACCCCGACGUUUACCCCCCUAAAACAGGGUUGACAGGUGGUUAAUCAGGCUGUUGAUUUGGCCUCAAACCUCACAUUGUUUUAUUAAAUGGUUCAUCACCUACUUUCUUGUCCCCCCCCUCGUUUCCUUUCAUCAUGUAGCUCCUUCACACCAGCUGUAUAGUCUCCCCGGUGCCCUGUCCAAUCACAUAUAAAGCUACAACUUAUAAGAUAUGUCCAUAUUAUAUCUUCAAUCAAUAUGUUAAUUAUGCACACAAGUCACUCUUAGCACAUUUGAGGUUAUCAUAGAUCUCUUCUUCUGCACUUAAAGAAUUGAAUGGUUUGUACAGAGAUUGGGAGCAUUUUCGAUUGUCCCUCAACGGCUCCCAACACGUCGACUGCGGGCCGUCGUCAUGUUGACUAUAUAGUAGCUCAAACGCUGUAACUGUGUUUUUACAGUAUAUGGAUGUAGUUUGGGGAUGGUUGCCCCCCUGCACUGGGUGCUAAAGGAUUUAAGAGCCUGUGAUCUGACAGUGUUCGUCCUGGUAAUCCUAUUACUCUGACUGCUGCUUUGCCAGACGACUGCAUUGGACAGGGCCAUGCUCAGCAUCUCUGUAUUUUUCAUGGUCCCAUUGCAGCUAUUCACAUCCAUAACUAGCCUCAGCCUGGUGUUACAGCUUAAGUUGGUCAUGUUGAGUUCAAAGAAAUAAUUAUUUGUCUAAACAGACAAACACAAAUUACUCAAGUGAACCAACGAACCAUACAUAUCUUGAAAAACUCACUUUGUCAGUGCUUGUACACAUAGAUUUGUGUAUCUGGAAUGUCUACCAACCCACAAACUGGAAAAUACGACGACCAUGUCAGUUUUUUGUGGGCUGCUUAAAUCAGAAAUCAUGUGGCUCCCCUUCCUAUAUGUCCCAUGCAGACACAUUAGUAUAAAUAUAUAUAUAUAUAUAUUAUACCUCCUCCAAUCUGAGAAUUUGCACCGUUUUGAUUAAAAACUACCUUUGCAAAGGUGCACCAUAUUUUCAAUUAAGAAGUUAUGAAAUCAUAAAAAGGCAUGAAUUCCUUCUCCCACUUUAAGAAAUCCAGGAUCUACGCAUAUGCAAAUAUCUAUUGUUCAACCUCACCAGCAAUGAUCUGAUAUAUUGUGGCUCAUUUUCUUAGAUUUCAGCAGAGUGACUUGUGAUUCAGAUUUGCAUUUAAAGGAGACAGUUCACUGUCUCUUAUUGCAAUAACUUGGAAGAGGUUUUCCGUGUCAGACUGUCUGCAAGUGUAGUUCUGCUCUCCUUCCAUCUUUCACUUUGUUUUUCUGUAAGUUAUUAAAUAAUGUCAAUAAUAACCUGAAGACUAUGAGUAGAUCUAUUUACUGUAGUGUCUUUGUGAGUACACAUGCGGAUGUACGUACUUUAGAGUGUAUCCGUGUGUGCACCUUUCACACGCAUUGAGAGUAAGUGUUUGGCAUGCUCAAGGCGUUCCUUUUGUAUUUCCUCCGCGUCCCAUGUGACUAACCCUGAGUAGACUCCGUCAGCGCUCUGUGACUGGCUGUCCUUUCACUGUGCCUGUCAGCGAGUCACUCAGGCGUGGGUCCACUCUCACUGCAAGGGCGCCAACGCUCGAGGAGUGCCUGCACUGGGUCUUAUAGCCUCUUCCUCUGACAAACCUGCUUCAAGUGUAGUCGAUUCCUCUCCAAAGUAUGAAUUCAAGGCCAAGAACAUCAAGAAGAAGAAAGUCAGCAUCGUGGUGUCUGUGGACGGAGUGAAGGUGUUGCUGAGGAAGAAACUGAAGAGGAAAGAAUGGACGUGGGACGAGAGCAAGAUGCUGAUCAUGCAGGAUCCCAUAUACAGGAUUUUCUACGUGUCUCAUGACUCCCAGGACUUAAAGAUCUUCAGCUAUAUCGCGAGAGAUGGUUCCAAUAAUUCCUUCAGAUGUAACGUCUUCAAGUCAAAGAAGACGUCGCAGGCCAUGCGUAUUGUGCGCACAGUAGGUCAGUCCUUUGAUGUGUGCCACAAGCUCAGUCUGCAGCAUGCUGAGCAGGACGCAGACGGACAGGCGGAUGGAGAGAGUGACAAGUCCACAGAGGAGUCCAGCAGCGACGGUCGUAAGCUGACGGGGGCAGAGCGAGGGGAGGAAGAGGAGGACAGCAAACUUGGAGGAAGACGAGGGGGGGAAGAUCCUUCAGCGGGCACAUCCCUGUGUGAAAAGGCAGUCAAUGAAAUCCUGCAGAGUCUGGCUGAACUGAACGUGGUCAAACCUGGACAGACCAUCAUAGACUUUGAUCAAAGGUCCGUCUUCACCGUGACAUCCCAGGGCGUUACUCCCAGCAGCCCUUGCUCUCGCUCUCUCACUCCGCUGGCAUCGCAGCACUACCUGCAGCUUCUUCAGCAGCAGCUACAGCAGCAACAGCAGCACACGCAGGUGGCCGUCGCACAGGUGCAGUUGUUGAAGGAUCAGAUGGCAGCAGAGACCACUGCCCGUAUGGAGGCUCAGGCCCGCGUCCACCAGCUGCUGCUGCAGAACCGAGACUUGCUGCAGCACCUGGCCCUGCUCGUGCAGCAGCUAAAAGAGCUGGAGGCCCGCUCCCCAAAAACACAACCAGGGCAGCCACAACGGGAGCUGCAAGCUAAUGGACACAGUGGUCAACAGUCACCAUGCAGCUCAGUGUCUUCAGCAGCAAAGGCUCUGUCUCUGAAUCUGAAGAAUCACUACAGCCAGACCCUGGACCAGCUCAUAACCUCCACACCUGCAUGGCCGCUCCAAACCUCACCCCUCUCCUCACCCCUCUCCUCCCAAGUGGACUGCGCCGAGUCCUACCUGAACCUGCUCAACCUGGAGAACGGGACCGAACCAGCUGCACCCAUCAACGGGGAUCUGGACCCCUUUAUCAGGGCCAAUGGGACAGCGGACACCAAGGGGAGCUUGUGCAAUGAGAUCGUCCCGUUCACGUUGAGGAACUCGGCCAACAUGGAUGAAAAGUUUAUGAUCCCUAAACUUGACCCUCCACCCUCCAUGAGCCGCAAGCGGGCCAGCAGGACCUUUUGUCCGGGAACAGAAGUCACAGCGGCGCCAAAGCCCGGAGAGGUCACCGCUAACGGCGGGACCCCCAGCAGCAGCAGUAGCCUCUCGUUCCCGGACGUCACCCCGAGCUCCUUGUCGUCUGCUGAUUUCCACUCCCUCAGCAACGGCGAGAGCAGCUCCUGUUCGGUCAGCGAGGAUUCGGGCGUCCGCUCCGAGACCAAGUCCCUGCUGUCGCCGCUGCACGACGACGACCUGUUCGGAGACCGCGAGACGUUUAUGACGGCCUCCAGCGGCUGUGACAGCCCCCCGGAGGAGAGAAACGAAGCUGUUCUCUCUUCCUCUGAGUCGUACUCCGCUGAGCCCCCCACCCUCGCCUCACAUCCGGACACCUAUGAGCGGCCGAUGCCCUUCUCUGCUCCUCUGAAUGAUACCUGCCUUCAUAUCAGUUUCUCUGAGGAUGAGCUGCUGGAGAGCAAUCAGGAAGACCCUAAUGUCCCCCAGCGGAGUUAGGAGGAGGAGCUGAUGGGCCCCUGGAGACCUUUCACUCUGUCCUUCAAUCAGCUUUUAAUGCAAUACCUACUGUCUGACCCUCCUGUGUUUGCACUGGGCUCCAUUUCAGGACCUUUAAUUCUUCCAUCCACUUGUGACACAGUACAGACAUAGCAUAUACCGGUUACUGCAAAACUAUCUAUUGUAUAAAUGAUCAGCCAAUAGACAGAUUUAGUAUUUUUGUAAUUAAAUUAAUGAUCUAAUUUACUUUAUAGCGACUAGAAUGUUAAGCAGAAUACAUGUAGCAAUUCUUGCACUGUUAUGGUCACGCAUUAAGUCACUGUAGAAUUUAAAAAGAAUGAGGGAACACAUUUUAUUUUUGCUAGUAGUCGACCGUAAAACAUUUCCUUUGUGUGGUGCAAGCUAUUGUCGAAACUGUCGUAUUCUGCAGAUUUCACAGAGUGAUCGUGAUGAUCACGCACAUGUCGGUGAUGUUGGGAAGAGCCUCGCCUUCUGUAAAGCACCUGACCGGAUGAUGGGAGGGGAAGCAAAGAACAAGGAAGUCAGAUAAAGGGAGGAUAGAAGUGAGCAGAUGUAGUUGUGUUUUGGUUUGUGCACAUCCAUUCGUGACUGUUGAGUGCGUUUUAGAAUGUUUUUGUGCUCCUUGUAUUUGGGGCUUUCCAGACCUGCCGGCUUUGAAGCAGCACUGGAGAGAUUAGUGGAAUAUCCGUCUGGAUUUUGAAUGCUGUAUUGCACCGAUUCUGUAUGUAGCAUGGUUGUCUCUUCCAAAAAACAUUAAAUGUAAGAUAUUUUAGUGUAGGAAGAAAGCAAACCCUCAAAAAAAAUCGAGCCAACAGCCUUGAACGCUUUGGAUUGCAACUCUCUGAGUAGGUAGUGUGUUAUUAAAUGGGCCCUCACUCACAAUGGGGAGAUAAUUUGGGAAUCACAGAGGCCCAAAGACAAAAAAUGUACAAAAUAUGUACUGGUUCAAGCUUCUCAAAUGUGAAUAUUUGGUGAAAAUUUGCUUGUUUUUCAGAUAUUCACUGAACGUGUUGUAGAUAAAUAAUCAGAGAAAGUUAUCAGCAGAUAAUGAAAGUAAUAAUAAUGUUGUUGUUUUUUUUACAUGCAAGUGGCAGCAUUGUACUGCGUUGGAGUAUACAAGUGUUUUAUUCAAUUAAGCAGGUCUAAGUGAUAAUAAAUGGACACGAGGAAAAGCAGCUGAGGUGUGAUGGAGGUUGGUGGUGUAACGGUGCAGGUGUAAACGGCCCGAAGGCUUUUAACUCCCCGAAACGAGGCUUUUCUCAACAUCACAUGUGGCAGGAAUCUAUAACAGCAAUAACACGUGGAAGAAAAUAAUAAAGAGGAAUAGUUGAAGAACUUAA